UGUCGGAUCCUCCUUCAAACAGGCGCGCUGUUUCCUUUCCAGUUCAGCUCAGCUCAGCUCAGUUCAGUUCUCCAGCGCAGCCACCGGCUCACCAGCCCAAGUUUACGCACAGGGAUGCGGGCGCGUGGAGCCGCCUGAAAAUGGCUCUGUGUAGGAUUUACUCUAUCCUUGCUCCUUUUCAUAUAUUGGUGUUGUGUCAAGCCUUGAGGAAUUAUCCAGAUAAUGAAGUUACUCUACUCGACUCCAUGUCCACCCCAGGUGAUCUGGGUUGGGAAGCAUACCCACCAGAGGGGUGGGAGGAGAUCAGUGUUAUGGAUGAGAGGAACAUUCCUAUGAGGACGUACCAGGUGUGCAAUGUAAUGGAAGCCUAUCAGAACAACUGGUUGCGCACUGGACUUAUCCAGCGAGAAGGUGCACAGCGUGUCUACGUGGAGAUCAAAUUCACUCUGCGUGACUGCAACAGCCUUCCGGGAGUCCCUGGAACCUGUAAGGAGACGUUUAACGUGUACUAUCACGAAUCCAACAAUGCCGUCGCUGCACCUUUGCGCCACAUUCGAGAGAGCCAGUAUGUCAAGAUUGACACUAUAGCGGCUGAUGAGAGCUUUACGCAGACCGAUGUUGGGGACCGUGUCAUGAAGUUGAAUACAGAAGUGCGAGACAUCAGUGGUCUCAGUAAGAGGGGCUUGUACCUGGCGUUUCAAGACCUGGGCGCUUGCAUUGCUCUGGUGUCGGUUAGAGUCUUUUAUAAGCGCUGUCCUCUGGCGGUGCUCAAUCUGUCCCGGUUCCCGGACACAGUGACGGGCGGCGAUUCAGCGCUGGUGGAAGUGCGCGGCACUUGUGUGGAGGAUGCGGAAGAGCUUGAGGCACCACGGAUGUUUUGCAGUGCCGAUGGAGGUUGGCUGGUGCCCAUCGGCCGCUGUGUGUGCCGGCCAGGCUUCGAGGAGGUAGAUGGACACUGCCAACCAUGUCGGUCAGGUUUCUACAAGGCCUCCGCUAUGGAUGCGUACUGCGUGAAGUGCCCCCCACACAGCUACUCCCACCAGGACAAGGCCUCAGAGUGUGUGUGUGAGAGAGGCUUCUACAGGGCCGAAUCAGACCCUCGCUCUAUGGCGUGCACAAGACCACCUUCAGCACCCGGCAAUCCUAUUUCCAUGGUGAACGAGACUGCAGUCACUCUAGAAUGGAGUCUCCCUCGUGAAAGUGGUGGACGUGGAGAUGUCACCUACAGUGUCCACUGCAGGAAGUGCUCUGGAGAAGCAGGGGCUGCGGGAGACAGUGAGAGGUGCGUUCCCUGUGGCAGCGGUCCACAUUUCAACCCCAGGCAGUUUGGCUUGACACACCCCAGAGUUCUGGUCACAGAACUGCAGCCUCACACCAAUUACACCUUCAGCAUUGAAGCCCUUAACGGAGUGUCAGACCUCAGCCCCAGUCCACGUCAACUAGUGUCCGUCAACGUCACCACCAGCCAGACAGUGAGCGUCAUCUUAAAGGAAAGGAAGGGCACCGACAGUGUAACGCUGGCAUGGCAGGGUCCAGAACCUAACGAUGGGACCGUGGUGGAAUAUGAAGUCACCUAUUAUGAAAAGAACCAGCAGGAUCAGAACUACACUGUGCUGAAGACCAAAUCCAACAGUAUGACUGUGGAUGGACUCAAGCCAGGGACCACAUACAUCUUCCGGAUUCGAGCCCGCACGGAUGGAGGCUAUGGGAACUACAGGGGAGAGAUUGAGUUGGAGACAAGCCAUGAAGAUAUGCUGGCUGUUGGAGAUCCCACUCAGCAAACCAUACUGGCCAUCUCUGUGGCAGGCGGAGCGGUGCUUCUGGUGUUGCUGGUGGCCUGUUUUGUUGUGAGUGGACGGCGCUGUGGAUAUAUUAAAGCAAAGCAAGACCCUGAGGAAGAGAAAAUGCAGUUUCAGCAUGGACGAGUCAAACUUCCCGAAACCCGCACAUACAUUCACCCGCAUACGUACGAGGACCCCAACCAGGCGGUGCGAGACUUCGCCAAAGAGAUCGAAGUUUCCAACAUACGGAUUGAAAGAGUUAUUGGGGCCGGUGAGUUUGGUGAGGUCUGCAGUGGCCGUCUGAGGCUGCCCAGUAAGAGGGAGAUCCAGGUGGCCAUCAAGAGUCUGAAAGCCGGAUAUUCAGAGCAGCAGAGACGUGACUUUCUGAGUGAGGCCAGCAUCAUGGGCCAAUUCGACCAUCCCAACAUCAUUCGACUGGAGGGAGUCGUUACCAGAUGUAAGCCUGUGAUGAUUGUGACAGAGUACAUGGAAAAUGGAUCUCUGGACACUUUUUUGAAGAAACACGAUGGGCAGUUCACGGUGAUCCAGCUGGUGGGAAUGAUGCGUGGGAUAGCCACGGGGAUGCAGUACCUCUCAGAGAUGAACUAUGUGCACCGGGAUUUGGCGGCACGGAACAUUCUGGUGAACGGAAACCUGGUGUGUAAAGUGUCUGACUUCGGGCUGUCGCGCGUGUUAGAGGACGAUCCCGAGGCGGAGUAUACUACACGGGGGGGUAAGAUUCCCAUUCGAUGGACAGCCCCUGAGGCCAUCACCUACAGGAAGUUCACAUCAGCCAGUGAUGUGUGGAGUUACGGCAUUGUCAUAUGGGAGGUGAUAUCCUAUGGGGAACGACCGUACUGGGAAAUGUCCAAUCAGGACGUGAUAAAAGCUAUAGAUGAAGGCUACAGGCUACCGGCUCCAAUGGACUGUCCGGUGGUGCUUCACCAGCUCAUGCUAGACUGCUGGGAAAAGAACCGCAGCGAUCGGCCAAAAUUCGGGCAGAUUGUCAGUACCCUGGACAGGCUGAUCCGGAACCCAAGCAGCAUGAAGCAGCUGGCCAACACUGCAGACUGGGAGGACCCAGUGACUCCUGAGGCGGGAGUCAGCACGGUGGAAGACUGGCUGGACUUGAUUAAAAUGGGUCGGUACAAGGAACACUUUUCCAGCGCCGGCUACGUCACCCUGGACUCAGUUCUGUACGUCAGCACCAGUGAACUGGAUAAGAUGGGCGUAGCAAUGACAGGCCAUCAGAAAAAGAUCUUGUCUAGUAUCCAGUGUCUUCAGGCACACCAUGGGACACAGGUUCAGCACUGAAGUUCAUCAGCCCUACAGGAGAAUGGGCCGGUACCUUCCCCUUUUUGAUCCGCAUCCAGAAAGGCAGUAGAUCGCUGCGGAUGUCCGAGAUUGUGGACUUUAAAAGUGGAUAUCUUAUCGAUCCAAGUGAAGUAAGGACAAGAAUCAACACCAUUUGACAUCACAGCACUGUGAACAUCACGCUUCACUCCUCUUUGUACAGAAGACCUUGAGAAGAAACACCGAUUGUGUCUUGUGAAUCUUUUAACUGUUCUGAGCACGAUACUAGUAAGAUUUUCUUCAAUAAGACACUUAAUGUGAACUGCGAGGAUGAGGAAAGCUUCAGCGAGAUGUCCUUGCAAACUUGUGUAUGUGGAAAUAGUUUAGAAACAUUCAGACUCGCCUUUAAAAAGCAAUGAAGCACUGAUCUCUCUUUCGCACAUACGCACACAUUUAAACGCUACAUAGAAGGGCCGCUCCUUGACCCCGAAUGCCACUCCGGCCUGCUCCCGUCAAGCCCUCGGCAGCGUCUUUGGAAUAUGUUAAUUCCACCGUAGAGAUCUUCGAGUUUAGAGUGCCCACGCUUGUCACUUUUGACAAGUUCUGACAUCCAAUGUGCAGCAACAGAAACGAGAGACAUUUAAGGAAUGAAAAGUAAUUGUUGCUUCACAAACAGAGACCUGACAGGGGGCAGAUGUCGUCCUUCCUUCACACUGGCAGCAACUUUCAGUCGUCUUUUUCAACACGUUGAUGUGGAGCCGCUUCAUUUGAUGUGGCUUUCCUUCUAAUUUCAUUGCCUAUUUAAAGUAAUUUCGCCUCAUUACAUGCGCUUCAUCACAAACAUGAACGUCUUUUUUGGAAGGAGGAAGAAUAUGUGUUGAGCUUUUUAUGAGGGAGACUUUAUUCCUAAAUCAUCCUGGUGUUGAUGGAGCUGCACUCAGUGGACUGUUGAACCUAUAUUUGGGUUGGACCUCAUUUAGCGUAGAUCUCUGGUGCUUACCGAGUGCUUGCUACCUUCAGAUUACAUUUCCAUAUGAUCUGAUAACAGAAUGGAGGAACUUAAACAUUUUAGCAUACACUUUCCAUGUCAUUUCAUGCACCAUGUUCACAAUCCUGUGUAAAAAGGUGUCCACAACAGAUGCUGGUGCUUUAAAAAUAGCUUCAUCCUCCAUUUUCUGGUUUCUCGCCCCAAGUUUCUUGGCAGUGCUUUGUUCCGCGCUUGGAAACGUGUGAUUGAAGAAAAAACGAUUGUAUUGCAGUAGAAAUUGAGACAUUGUACAGUGUUGGUUAUUGUAUUUGUACAGUAAUGACUUAGUGUUUUGAAGGUUUUUGUCAGUUGUAAAUUAAGGCAAGGUGGUAACUCUUAUUUUAACCUUCAACUCUAGCUUUGGACAGACGAGGAUUGUGAGGCUGUAGAAUGUAAUGGAUAAUUUAGCUUUAAAGUGUUGGGGAAAGCUAAGCAUUCUCAGGAUUGUUGUUUGUCACUGAUACACGAUUUCAAUAUGGCAGCAGAUCAGACAGAACUACCAACUCAGUUCUGUCGUCUAAGGAUACACUUCCUGUUCGAUGCCUUUCAGUUUCAUUGUUCUUAUUUAAGUUUUGUCAUUACAAGUCCUCCAUUUAUACACUA